CUUGAAUCGAUUUGUUAGACUUCGCCGCGCAGCGCUUCUUGUGUCUGCAGCACGAUCGUGUCUAUAACUAAACUCUAUUGCAUUAUGUAAAACUACAUUUCUUUAAACAACAUUCUUUAAGUAUCGCGUGAAAUACUGUAUGUCUACUUUAAAUAUAUUGAUGAAAAUUAUGAAAAGCAGUUUAGCUUACAUUUUUUACCAUUAGUGAUAAUGCAAACAAAGGUGUCAACAAAUCGAUGCCAGCGCUGCGACUAACGGCCGAUUUGUAAAGCACAUUUCCGAAUAUUAAGAGCAUUACCCUCUCUACUGGAGUUUACAAACCUGUGUAUACGAAUGCAGUACUUAUGAUGCAGGAAUAAUCAGAUAUUCAUUGACGUGUGUUGGUGUUGCUUCUUAGAUGCAUAGAUAUACAUACAUAUAUAACGUGCGUUUAUAUAGAAACGUGAACAAAAAAAUUGUAUUGGACAUAACGUGAAGUUAGUCAGAAAAUCUACUCAGUAACACGCAUGCGCUGUAGCCACGUAUGAACCUGUCUGAACUGAGCGGCAUGUUUGCUACUAGUGGAGGAUGCCAUUUUAAUGCCCACAGUGCUGCUCAUGGUGGUGUCCGAGUUUGAACGGUAUUUUCUCUCUCUGUGGAUGUUUAUAUGUGUAUAAAAAAAUUUACAUUUUAUCUUGACGCGAAGUAUUAAUAAAGGAAAACAUGUUCUGGAUACAAGUGAAUAAUAUGUGAAUAAUAAGAGAGUGUAAACAACUUUUAAAAUUAUGCAAGCAGUUUGUCUAAUAAUAAUAAUAAUUUCGUAAAGCAAAUGGCUCGAGUGUUAGUUUACGUGCGGCCCGUUGAUGCAAUCUUCAUGAAUAUAAAAUUGGACAACAAAAUGGACCCUUCUGACUAUGCAAUAAGAAUAAAAGAAGAGCCAAUCGAUCCAGAGAUCUGCGAUGAUUUGUCGCCAGUUGAUACGAAUACAGGGAAUGAAAAUGAAACAGCGACGUUUAAAGGUGAAUCUUCGGAUGACGUUUAUUGUGAAUAUGAAGAAUUCGCGUUUCUUCAAGAAAGUACGUAUCUAGAAAAUAAGAAAUUGGAUCCUGAUAAACAAAAAAGUACACAUAAAGUACCUUCAAACAACAAAAGAAGUUGCAACGUUUGUUUGUUAAAUUUUCAAACUAAACGUUUAUUUGAUCAGCAUAACAAAUUAUAUACCUGUAAUGUAUUUAAGUGUAAUAAUUGCACUGCGAUUUUCACUAUGCAUAUUUCCUUGAUACGUCAUUUAAAGAAGCAGUGUUUAAAGAAGCAAUUGUCUAGAUAUGGAUGUAAUUUUUGUAGCCGAAGGUUUUCCUAUAAAAGACAUAUCCAAUCUCAUUUAUUCCAUGCGCAUGGGAACGAAAUAUUUUCUGGUGAAAGCAAAAUCACGAAAACAUCUCCUGAAUCGUUAGAAAAGUCGAAUCAUUCGGACGGUAUAGUCAUGGCAGAAUCAAAUACUUCACACAGUCCCUGCCCAAAAAACGUAAAUAGCUCAAUAAAUAUACCUUUGAUACUAUCUAAUAGUUCAAACAGUACACCCACCGAGGGUUCGAACAGCAAUAUCAAGUCUACGCACCCGAAAUGGUUAAACGAUUCGCAUGGUACAGCUUCGAAAAGGAUGAAGCAGACCGUCCUUACAGACUUCAUAUCGCCGUACAAAGACAAGCCGAAUGACAAAUGGGUUAGCCCGGAAAAUUUUAUCGAUACGGAGAAUAUUCCUGUUACUGCGACUAUUCCAAUUUCAACGCUCGACACAUUUAGUAACAAGACAUCAAAGGCUGCAGAAGUUAUUCAGGUGUCUACUUCUGUUGAGCGAAUCGCAUCUCCUGUUAGGAAACGACCAUUUGUUCAAACUCAUGUGAAUUUAAAAACAAUGAUAUCUUUAUUAAGGAACGAAAUAAAAGCUGAACCUGGAAGCCCUAAUACCUCGCACAAUACGCCUUACAACCUUAGGUCAGUGAAAAGAUCUUCUUUAUAUGAUUUUUACGAUUUAUUGGAGUUUGAGACCUUUGGAAGAUCAAGACAAUCUUUUAAAAGAAACAAGUUCCCCUAUAUAUUUGACCAAGAUAGAAGAUCUGCACCUGAAGCUAAGUAUAAAGAAUGCGUAGUCCGUUUGGAGAAAUGCGACAAAUUCUUGGUGCCUACUAGUUUUGUGUCAAACGAAGACGAAGACGAAAGCGAAAAGGAAAAGGAAAACGAAACGAAAACGAAAACGAAGACGCUUUCAAACAAGCAGUAUCGAAAAAUGUGAAAGAGGAAUUUAAAGGCUUUCGUGAAACAAGCUCGACAUGUAACUUGCCUUUGAAAGCUGACACGAUUGCGUCAAAGCGAUUCAAUGAAUUUGUAAAAUCUUUCGCUGAUACAUUAAUCGUACUUCAGCAAGAAUCGGUUGAAUUUCAGAAGAACUUUAAAGUCUAUCAACAGAAAAUAACACAAUGUCAUAUUUGUAAAAAAUCGUUUUCUUCGAAGGAAAACCUGCACGAGCACAUGAAAUUGUUCCAUACGAUUUACAUUUCGAGCAUAUGCAACGCGCGUUACAUGUCCAGGAAUAAGUUACUAACUCAUUAUCUGCGCCAGCAUAUUGUGUUUAAACGAAGGGAAUGUUGCGUGUGUUAUGAGAAGUUUGACACGUCGGCAUGUUGAAGCGACACAUGAUUUUGCAUUGUUUGAAGACCAUAAGAUCAAAAAAGGACGUUCCACCGGUUGAUGUUGAAAUAAAUUGCAAUGCAUUCAAGAAACAACACAAAUGCAAAGGUUGUCGCAAACGAUUUUGGCUAUACUCAUAUUUGAAACAACACGAGAAUGUAUGUCGUCAAAUGAAAGUCUUAAGGAAUAAACAACGUGUACCUUGUGUAAACCACUUGUCUCGGUCUUUGAAAGAACCAAGCGACAUGGAACUCGGCAUAGUACAGUCGCCUGAUUUGGAACAAAUGUCGGAUGUUUCGGGUGGGAUGACAAGAUCUUCGGAAAAUUAUUUGACUGCGAGUACGCUUAUUGCGGAUGAUACUUUCUCUUCGUCAUUCGAUACAGCUGCAAAGUGCAGAAGGUUACUUAAUGGGAUUGCAUGCGUAAAGGGUCACCAAGCGGACAAGAUGAACAGAACAAAGUUUCCUUGCACUACUUGUGGAACACAAUUCCGAAUAUUUAAAAAUUUGUGCAUAGACGAGCGCACCUAUCGCCAAACAGCCACAGAAAAGUGUAACGUUUGUAACACGAUGUUUUCCACUAAAAGAUUCUUACAGUUUUAUAUACUUGCUACUCAUGCGCCUUCGUGUUAGGUGAAAUACAAAUUCUUUUAUAAGUUCUGCAAUCAAGGAUUUGUUAAGAAACAGAGGCUUCAAAUUCACGAACGGCACUUGCAUGUUGGGCAAGAUUCUAGGCUGGUGCUGAAUUCCGAUUGCGCUGUGGAAGAUAAACCAAUCUGUAAUAUAUGCCAUUUUUAUUCGAAUCCUACGAACGUUUAGCCGAGCAUGACACGUAUUAUAACAAGGGCAAUGAUUUUAUAUGCGCAAUAUGUGGUAAAUCGUUUCAAGGAAUGUACAAGUUUUAUCAUCACAGCAAGUUGGAGCAUUAUCCGGACAAACCAUGGAAAUUGUACCCUUACAAAUGCGAUACUUGUAUCGAAAGCUGCAGCUACGAAUCACAUCUCCACGCACAUAAACUACACGUUCAUUCGCACGAUUCGCCCGCUGACGAGGCGCGCGACCGCUAUACAUCGGAUCAGACUUUUCGCAUGUGUUCAUGAUUCUUUGGAUAAAUUAAGAUAAUCAUAAAAUAAAAGCAUAGAGAAUAUUUAAUUCUUUGAUUUAUAGGUCGUUUUAAAAUCAAUUUUCACGCUACUAUACUGAAGAAUCGGCCUAGAUUGAGACGUACAAUAAACACGCCAAGUACACACAUACGAAGCAAAUGAUUUCAAAGUCAUGUAUUCGCAUUUUCCAUGACACGCAUGAAAUGUAUCGAUAUUUGUUGAAAUAUACUUUACAAGACAAAUCGACGCUUCUGACCUAGUACGAACUGCGCUCGACUCACACAUCGAGCAUUGAGUAAAGUUUGGUUGUCAGCCUUAGGCGCUGCCUCUUCAUUGUUUACUAAGUGCCGCUUGAAACAGCUUAAUGAAAAUUAUGAUAGAUCGAGUAAUAAAUUUGUCUACUUUUCUUUGAAUGCGUUAUAUUUAUGUGCUUUCAUAUACGUAUAUGUUCUGUGUGUGUGUGUGUGCGCGCGCGCGUACAUGCGUGCGUGCGUGUGUAUUUUAUCAAGUACGUUGAUCACUACCCUAUUUCAUUAUUGUACAAUUUUUUGUAAAAGGGAGUUUUUCGUUCGACGUGCGCGUUUGCGGAUCUUCAUAUUUUAUAAAUUGUUUUUGGUCAGCGUAAAUAUUUGAAGGAAUUAGAAAAUAAAUGAAUCGAGGGUAAGUAAACGUUGCAAUUUCUUUUCUUAAUUGAUCUGAUAUUGGUCAUGUUUCUUCUAUUGCAAUGUUGAUUCGCUAUGAUUAUUCGUUUAAACGUCCGCUCGAUAUAAUAAUUACAACAUCCGUUAAAAAAUGGAUAAACCUAUUAUUGAAUUUGAUAUUGAGAUUUAAAAAAAAUUCAUUGCGUUUAUCACGCGUGGAAUGAUUAUAUAAUAAGUUUCAUAUUUAACAGAUGACUAAUUUAAAUAUGGAUCGUAAUUACAAUUUUCAUUAUGAGAUGAUGUACUUACUUACCCAGCUAUCGAUUAAUGACGUCGAAUGAUAAUUGCACGGGAACGAUAAUGCUUUGUAAUGUGCAAUUAAACUAUUACGUUAAAUAUUCAGUUAAUAAAUGUUUCAAUUUCCAUCACAGUGCCGGUCGUACAAUACGAUAAUCGAGAGGAACAUGAGACCAAGAACGAUAUGUAUCGCAGAAUGAAAGCGCGAAUGAAAAUUGUCGUAUUAGAAUUUUUAUAAAGAAAUAAGAAUUGACGUUUAUAUCACAGAAUAGUUGCAGCGCGUAAUCGAAUAAAUUGGUUGUUUCACACCGGGAAAAUGAACUAUUUUUACGAGCUUUCACCGGUUCUGCCGUACAACGAUACGAACAGUUGUGCAGUUAUAAGAGCUAACGUUUCUAUUUUCUAAAAAUUAGAAAGCUGGUAAACUUCAUAGAUUGCUCGGGAAAUUUGUAGAUUUUAGUAGUACGAUAUGUAAUGUUUUUAAAAGUGUAGGUAUUCUUUAAUAAAUUACAUUUUCCAGAAAAUAAGUAAACUCUUUCCCCGUGUAAACUACGACAUUCGUACAACCUUUGUUGCUGUACGAACCAACACUCUCGCAUUCGAAACGUUGUGUAUGACUCGCGUUAAUUAAAAGACGCGACAUGAAGUUAAAAUUAUGUCUUUGUAUACUCGGGACUCGAAAUAGGGUGAACUGGUACCAUUGAAUACAGCACUUUGAUUCGAGACGUUUUGUACAAGCAACGUUAAUUAGAAGAUUGAAACUACCUUUUUGUUGAACCAUCAACUAGAAAAUAACGAUGUAUUUGUCGGAUUAUGCUGUUCCAUCCUGUUUUCACCGCGAUGAUCAAUCAGCAGUGACUGCGCUAAAACAAAUCCUCUCUAUGGAAACAUGAAGCGUCUUUGUGUCAGAAGAAAUAAAAUUUUAAAUAAAUAAAAAGAAAGAAAAGAAAUAAAAAGCUCCUAUCGAAUUUAAUUUGAAGUAUGUUAAGAUGGAUCGUUCGAGUGGAAAAGAAGAAAAGAAAAGUACAUCGAAUUAGAGGAAUUCCAAAGAGAACUCCACCAGUUACAAUCUCGAGUAAAGUUUCAUCGGUGUGGUAACUUAUGCAAAGUUGUUCAAUGUUGCCGAAGAUCACCUAAAGUGAAACACGAACGAAAAGUAGAGGAAACAUUUUACUACAUUAUAGAUUUUAAUGGCAAAAUAGUAAGCACUCUAAAGAAAAAUGGACCUUUGCCCAAUACAUAUCCUAUGGUAAAGGAAAUUUUGAUAAAAUCCAGAGGUGUCCGAUCAAAAUUAGGGUGGGAGAGAGGCUUGCCAUAUUUAUCAGGUCGACGGUUGUAUUGCGUUUCAAUUGCGGCACGGUAAGUUAACGAGAAUCGAAUUUCAACAGAGGAGAUCCGGAGUAUAGGUGCCGGCCCAUUCCAUGCACAUUUCCUGAGAACGUCACAUACAACACGGGUAUAAUAUCAAGGGCGUGCUCUAACGUACCUCUAUUAUAUUGUCGUCCUUCAGUCACGCUAUUUUCACCUCGGCCCCGAAUGAAAUUCGUUUUUUUUUUUAUUUAUUUAAUUUAAAUUUUACAAUUUGUCCAGUAGGACAUUUGGUACAAUAUUAUAGCUUAGUGGUAUAAUAAUAUAACAUAUGGAUGGUUACCCCCAGCGGAGUUCCAUCUUCCAAAUUGUUUAUAUUUUAUUUCUAUUGUGAGGUCUGUGGGAUGCUUCUUCUUCAGUCUUCUUUCUAUUAUGGUUUUAUUCGAUUCAGCAACCAUAUGGUUUGGGUGUGUUACAAGUCUUUCUUUAUACCUUUGCAUAUCUAGCAGUUUCCUCUUUGACUGUUGGAAUUUUAAAACUUUUCCUAAGUCUUCAUUUCUGACGUACCAUGGAGCGUUAACUAUUGUCCUUAAAAUUUUUGCUUGCUCUGUUUCUAUUUUAUUUAUGUGAUUCAUUGCUGCCGUCCCCCAUAGUGGGACUCCAUAUGUCCAGAUUGGUUUGAUUAUUGUUUUGAAUAUAUUUAGUUUAUUCAUUAUGCUUAAUUUAGAUUUUUGCCAGUUUUUAUUGCAAAGCGACUCUGACUACUUAUAAAGUAAUGGUUUGCUUGUGUAUUCUAAUAUAAUUGAUGUAUGGUCGGAGUUAAGCUCAAGGCUGGUUGUUAUUUUUAAUUUGCUUAUAUUUAGUUCUUUUGUUACUGCAAAAUCCAACAGGUCAGGUGUUUUAUCGAGGUCUGUCGGCCAGUGCGUUCGUUUUCCUGUAGAUGGUACGUUGAGGUUGCUGCUUCUAAUGUAUUUUUCUAAUGUUCUACCUCUCGGCGUGUUAAUUCUCGAACCCCAUAAUGUGUGCUUUGCAUUAAAGUCUCCUGCUGCUAUAUAUUUGUCGCCUAAGGAUUGGAAGUACUCUUCCCAUUUUUUAAGUGUCAUUUUGUGUCUCGGAGGUACAUAUACUGCUGAUAUCUGGAAGUAAUUGUCAUUGGUUUGUAUUGUGACAGUGGUUGCUUGUAAGUGUUCUUGAUUUGUUUGACUAUGUAGGUGAUGCUUGAUGUCAUUUUUUAUUAUCACUGCAGUUCCUCCAUGUGCUUUACCUGAGGGGUGUUUGGUGUCGUAGAUGGUGUAGUACAGUAUUUUCAUGUAACUUUUUAGAGUGAAAUGUGUUUCUGAGACUAGUAGUAUAUCAAUAUUAUUGUCAUGAAAAAAUGUUCUAGUUUCGUGAGCUCGCUGUUGCAAGUCAUUGAAGUUCCAGGCUGCUAUUUUCAACAUGUCCAUCUCUAUUUUUUGCUUAGCAAGUCUGUGAGUAGUUGUAACAUGACUGUUGUUUGUUGUACUUGUUGCCUUAGUAUUGCGUUUAGCUCACUUACCAUUUUUCCUAAUAUCUCCGUACUUUUGUUUGUUUGUUUGAGUAUUCCUUUGAUUUCUGUAUCGUCUUCGAUGUUGUUGUUUUGAUUCUGAUUGUUUGUGAGCGUUGCUUGUCUAAUGUUUUGGAUUACUUGCGCAUAGGUUCGGUUACCUUGGGGAUCUAUGUUUCUGUUUAUAGCUUCUGGUUCAUACUGUGCUUUCAAUGUUGUUUCAUUAUCCGUUAUGCUUUGUUGUGGUUGGUAGUUAUUGAUUGAUCUAUUGCGAAGUGGUGGAAACAGUUUGUAAUUGUUUCCUCAUUUCACAUCCUUUAUAGCUGGCUGGGUGGUUUCCGUUACAAUUAUAACAUCUAACUUCUUCUAUUUUUCCUGUGUAUGGGUAGUGUAUUGUUAAGUGAUUUUUUGCACAUUUAACACAUGUCAGGCUUCUGUUACAAUAAUUUUUUGUGUGACCGUAUUGUUGGCACCGCAUGCAUUGUGGUAUAUCUUUUUUAUAGUAUGGUGGUUCCACUGUUACUAUUGUGUUUAGAACUUUUUUGAUUUCAUAAAUUUCCUUGUUAUUGGUUCUGGGUUCAAAUUCUAUUAAGAAUAAUGAUAAUGGUUGCUUCGUAUUUUGUCAUAUUGUGUAUUGCUCUUGUUUGAUGGCCAAUUUUUGCUAAUUUGUCACUUAAUUUUUUUGUGUUAAUUUUUGGACGUAAUCCUCUUAUAACUAUUUUGUAGCUCCUUACCCUUUUGAGCUGGUACGUGUGGUAUAUAACAUUUUUUUCCUUUAAUUCUUUUAUCACUUUCCUAUAAUUUUCUGGGGCGUUUGUUUGAAUUUUUACUUGUUCUAAUUUUAUUUGUUUUAUUGUGUAAUUUUCUUUCCCAACUAUAUUUUUUAGUUGAUUAAUAAGCGGAUCUAUUAUCUGAGCCUCGACAAAUAUUCGUAGUGGUUUUGUAGUGUGUGUUGAUUGAGUUGUGUUUUUGGUUGUUGGGUCGUCGUCUAUUUCUUCCGUUAGUGAGAUGA